GGACGUGUUUUUGUCCGAUUGUGCGUUUGAAGCAUGACGCAAGGUGCAUAUCAUUGUUGAACCUGCCAUCAAUAGUGAAACGAAAUGGCCAUGCCAAAACACGACCAGCAUGAGCUGACUCCAUAUCAAGCCGUGCAAUCGCCGUCUGCGAGAGCCGUGGACGUUGCCGCUCCAUCUGACCAAGAAGCCACCGCUACCCCCAAAGAAGACGACAAGAAGUUGGCACCGCUCACAAAGCUGUUCCAGUUUGCCGAUUCGACGGACGUUUGGCUCAUGCUCGUGGGUACGAUCUGCGCCGCGGGAACUGGGUUUUCCCAGCCCCUUCAAAUUCUUCUCUUUGGCGAAAUCAUGAACUCGUUUAACCCGCCCCCCCCCACUGUCGUCCUGAAUGCCUCCGACGUUGAAGCCAUGCAAACGUCCAUGUCUUCUGGCAUCAACGAAGUUGCCAUCAAGUUCGUUUGGCUCGGACUUGGUGUGCUGGUGUGUGGGUUUGGCCAAGUCGCGUGUUGGUCGAUUUCGGCCAGCCGUCAGAGCAAGCGCAUCAAGCAAGAGUACAUCCGUGCGAUCUUGCGGCAGGAAAUCGGGUGGUUCGACGUCAACAACUCCAUGGAACUGGCGACCAAGGUCGCGGACACGACCCUAAUCAUCCACGACGGCAUGGGCCGCAAACUCGGCGACGGGAUCAACUUCACGGCAAUGGGGGUCGGCGGCCUCGUGAUUGGGCUGUUGAAAGGGUGGAAGUUGGCGCUGGCGCUUCUCGGGUUCACGCCUUUGAUUGGCAUCGCCGCGUUCUUCAUGGUCAAAGCGCUGACGUCGGCCGUCACGGCGUCCGUGGCCGCGUACGGCACGGCGGGCGGCAUCGCGGAAGAAUCGCUGUCCAACGUCCGCACCGUCCAGAUGUUCAACUUGAUGGACACAUUUGCAGCCAAGUACAAGGCGGCGCUUCUGGCCACGGAAAAGGCCGGCAUAAGAAAAGGGCUGUCCGUCGGCCUCGGCGCCGGGUGCAUGUUCGGCAUGGUCUUUAUAACCUAUGCGUUUGGGAUGUGGUACGGCGCCGUGCAAGUCGCCACCGACCAGCUGACUUUGCCCAAGUGCACCGACAACUGCUACGACGGCGGCCGCGUACUCAUCGUGUUCUUCUCCAUCAUCAUGAGCGCCAUGGCGCUGGGUCAAGCCGGUCCAAGCCUCCAGGCGGUGUUCUCGGCCCGAGCCGCCGCCAGCGUCGUGUUUGACAUGAUUGAGCGGCCAUCGUUGGUGGAUGCGACGUCGGACGUCGGCACCAAGCUGGAUCACGUCGACGGGGACAUUCAACUGGACUCGAUCUCGUUCCAGUACCCGUCCCGCCCCCAUGUGCAAGUGUGCAACGGCUAUUCGUUGCACAUCAAAGCUGGUGAAAAGGUAGCCCUCGUUGGCCCGAGUGGCAGUGGAAAGAGCACCAUAGUGUCGCUGCUCGAACGCUACUACGACCCUGUGGACGGCACCGUCAAGCUGGACGGCCACGACCUCAAGACGCUCAACGUCAAGUGGCUCCGCGCGCAGUUUGGCCUCGUAGGUCAAGAGCCAUGCCUGUUUUCGUGCUCGAUUGCCGACAACAUUCGAUUUGGCAAGCCCGACGCGACCUUGGACGAUAUUUACCAAGCCGCCAAACAAGCCAACGCGUACGACUUUGUUGUGGCAUUCCCGAGUGGAUUCGACACGGAAGUGGGCGAGCGAGGCACCCAACUGUCUGGAGGCCAGAAACAACGCAUUGCCAUCGCCCGGGCGAUCAUCAAGAACCCGGCAGUGUUGUUGCUGGACGAAGCCACGAGCGCGCUCGAUGCCGAGAGCGAACAUGUGGUCCAGGCGUCGCUGGAUGCCCUCCUCGCCACUCGCCAGCGCACGACCAUCAUCAUAGCCCACCGCCUCUCGACGAUCCGCGAUGCCGGCCGCAUUGUCGUGCUGAACGAAGGGCACGUGGUGGAAGAAGGUAGCCACGACGAUCUCAUCAGUCGCCCAGACAGCCACUACAAGAAACUCGUCGAAGCCCAAGCCCGUCCCACCACGUCCUCCCCCAACACUGCGGCGAGUACCGCCACCACCCAAUCGGCUAAAGCCACAAAGACGACCCAGCUGGCUGAAACGUCCAUCGACGUCGCCAAAGUUUCCGAACACUCGGUCGUGUCCACCGCUGACAUGGCGCCAGACGCCGCUGCAUCACACAAGUCCGUUGCGCUUAGUCGGCUGUGGCGCAUGAACAGUCCCGAAGCCUGGUACAUCCUCUGCGGGUCCCUCGGUGCUUUGAUCCACGGCGCCGUGUUUCCCCUGUGGGGACUCCUCUUUGUCAACGUCACAGUCUUGUACUUCAAGUACAAUUUGACGCCCGAUGAAAUGAAAGCCGAAGCUGUGACGUGGUCCAUCGCGUUUCUCGUGUUGGGCGCAACGUAUUUCGUAGCCGUGACGACGCAAAACUACUCGUUUGCAGUCGUGUCGGAACGGCUCACGCGGCGGCUGCGGGAGCAAGGCUUCGUCUCCAUGCUGCACCAGGACAUUGGCUGGUUCGACGCGCACUCGUCCGGCGCGCUCACGACGCUGCUGGCCACCGACUCGGCCAUCAUCCAGUCCAUGACGGGAGACCUCAUGAACCGAGUCUUUGUGGCAUCGUCUACUCUGGUCGUGGCGUUCUCGAUUGGGUUUUACUACAGCUGGCACAUGACGCUGGCCCUCAUUGGUGUGUUUCCCCUUAUGGGAGCAGCCACAUUCGUUCAAAUGUCGCUCAUGUCUGGCCACGGCAAAGCCCUCAACGAAGGCGACGUCCAAGCGGGCGCGCUGCUGUCGGAAUCCAUCAACUCGAUCCGCACCGUCGCGUCGUUCACCCUAGAGGGGCAAGUGCACAGUCGGUACAUUGGCCAUCUCGAAGCGUCAUCCACGAAAGACGUCAAGAAAGGGUUGUUUGGGGGCGUCGGGUUCGGCGUGAGCCAGGGAGUCAUGUACUUUGCACUGGCAUUCCUGUUUUGGUUUGGCGGGUGGCUGAUCGUCCGCAACUACGUCGACUUUCAUGGUAUGUUUGUCGUCAUGAUGGCCAUCAUGCUGAGUACAUUCGGCGUGGGCAUGGCCAUGCAAGACGUGGCCGACAGCGGCAAGGCCAAAGCGGCCGCGGUCCGCCUCUUCGACGCAAUCGACCGCGAGCCGCCUAUCAAGUGCACGUCCACCGCCACCACCUCAGACGGGGAUACGCUGCCGACAGUCCAAGGCGCCCUAGAGUUCGUCAACGUCAAGUUCGCGUACCCGAGUCGCCCGCAUGCCAUCAUUUACGACGGGUACUCGCUCAAGGUGCCAAGUGGCGCCACGGUGGCCCUAGUGGGAGCCAGCGGGUGUGGCAAGAGUACGGCCAUCUCCCUCGUCGAGCGCUUCUACGAUCCGGUGGAGGGCAGCGUAUUGCUGGAUGGUGUCGACAUUCGCUCGCUCAACCUGCAGUGGCUGCGGCAGCACAUCUCCCUUGUCGGACAAGAACCGGUGUUGUUUGCAGGCACGAUCGCCGACAACAUUGCCGCGGGCAAGGCAGGGGCGACGGCGGAUGAGGUGGAGGAUGCGGCCAGGAAGGCCAACGCGCACGACUUUAUCAUGCAGUUCCCAGACAAGUACAAUACCCAAGUAGGGGACCGAGGUGUACAAGUGUCGGGAGGACAGAAGCAGCGCAUUGCGAUAGCCCGGGCCAUUCUGAGAGAUCCAGAGGUUUUGCUGCUGGACGAAGCCACGAGUGCGCUGGACAACGAAAGCGAACGCCUCGUCCAAGCCUCGUUGGACGCGCUGCUGCAGCUCAAACGGCGCACGACCAUCAUCGUGGCCCACCGGCUGUCGACGAUUCGAAAUGCCGACGUGAUUGCUGUCACGGACGGAGGCAAGAUUGUCGAGCUUGGCACCCACGACCAACUCAUGGCGAUCCCCGAUGGAAAGUAUGUACACCUAGUGCAACACCAAGUUUCGCAUUAGAAGGAAGCGAACCUACGGGGUACAGUAACGCUGCCCUUUAUAUAACUUCAUAUUGCAGUACUAUAGCAGUAUAUUGUAUCACCCGAUGAAGGAGGUAGGUAGGCAUACUAACUAGUACACAGUGUAGCUUAGUAGAUCACGACGCAACGGAUGGUGGAUGUGUACUUGUGGACGAAAUCUAUGUCUCAGAUGUCCACAAACAUGAACGAUUAACACUCUAAACGAUCUCGAUUGAUUACACUUGUGAGGAUGAAUACCCUGGGUAGCCAGGUUGUGCCGUGGGGUACGGCGGAGGAUAGGCGCCUUGGUAGCCCGGUUGAGGAUAAGGCUGAUAGUUGGGCGCUCCGUGGGUUGCGGGGUAGCCUGGCUGAGCACCAGGGUACGAAGGCUGGGCAUAGCCAGAGUAUGCUGGCGGAGGUAAGUUCGGUUGCGCAGGGUACGUUGGUUGAGGUGCAUAGCCGGGGUACCCAGGUUGAGCGCCAUAAUGGGGUUGCGGAUGAGAAGGAUAUUGAGGUUGUUGAGGGUACGCUGGUUGAACGAUGCCUUGGCCUGCGUAGCCCGCCGUAGGCCCUGUGCCGAGGAGGAGUUGGAUGGCUAGGUUGAUAGUGCCUUUCUGCUUGCGGCCGUGGUUGACGGGGUACCAUUGAUCGACCAUCUGACCGUGGAGGAAUGCAUUCAAAGGAACGUUGCACGUGCCGAUGAAUUCGUCGCUGACCCAGUUGUGGUCCUUGAUGACGAUCAAUAGUUGUUCCACCUGUGGGUCCAUCACGUUGAACACGAACGUGUCUUCCCAUCGUGGAUUCUUGCCGCCAUUGUCGUGCGUUCGAGUGCGAAACACUCGUCCACCCAACCUGACUUCGCAGUAUGGAUCUUGUUUGCCUAUGAACUGGACGCUGCGGAGGUUGGUGGCGCCCUUGACGCGGACUUGGAGCUCUGGCAUGCUGUUUCGACGUUCAAAACUGG